AUGAGCCGUUCUUCAGCCUUGAGUUGUGUCUUCCCUCCGAAAACUGAGCAGGGCUUCGUUAACCUUAAAUCUCGUCUUCAACGACUCUCUCUCCUCAAUCCUGGCUUCAUUUCCGUCACUUGGGGCGCCGGUGGCAGUACUGACGAGCGAUCCCUCGAAUUAGCCGCAACCGCUCGAUCCUUAGGCUUAGAUGUUCUCUUGCACCUCACUUGCACUAAUAUGCACAAAACUCGCAUCGAUUCCGCUCUCGAUAGAGCCAAACAGCUCGGAAUUGAUAACAUUCUCGCCCUUAGAGGUGACCCUCCACGAGGCCAUGAGUAUUGGAUUGAGACUGAUGCAGCUUUCCGCCAUUCCUCAGACCUCGUUCAUUACAUCAGACAAAGACACGGCGAUUCGUUUUGUAUCGGUGUAGCUGCUUAUCCAGAGUGUCAUAAAGACUCCUCCAGCGCUGCACAGGAUCUCAAUUAUCUCAAACUCAAACAAGAUCUAGGCGCUGAUUUCAUCAUCACUCAACUCUUCUACGAUAGCGAUGCUUUCCUCAAUUGGCUUGACAAGUGCGCGACGAAUGGUAUCGAAAUCCCAAUCAUACCCGGUAUUAUGCCUAUACAAAACGUACCAAGUUUGCGCAGAUUGGCUAACCUCUGUGGCGCGCAUAUCCCAUCUGUAAUCUCGGAUCACUUGGAACCUAUCAAGAAUGACGAUGCUUUGGUUAAGGAUUACGGUGUUGAGCUGUCGACAUCGAUGGUGCGCCAACUGAUCGAUAAAACUAACAGCGAGAAAGAUAAAUACCGUCAUUUGAGUCUACACGCCACACAUUUCUGCACUCUUAAUCUUGAAAAGAGUGUGAGGAGAAUACUAGCCAAUCUUGGUUGGUCCGCUGGACUCGACUCUUCUAGUUUAGAACCUAACGGUCUCACAAACAAGAAUUCUGAUGCCUUGGAACGGGCACGCCUCGGAAACAGACUGGUAGCAGAGAAUGGCAGCACAGGUCACGAUACAUCGGGAGCUCCACCACAACUGAGCAUAACAGCUCAUGAAGCAGCAGUGAGGGCGCUGCACGCACUUAAACACCAUCCACCAUCUGAAGACUCAGGUUUGCCGUCUUCCAACAAGACAUCAUCUGGUGGUAAUAGUCUAUGGGACGAAUUUCCAAAUGGUCGUUAUGGUGAUAUCAGAUCACCGGCUUAUGGUGAAUUAGAUGGAUGGGGUGCAUCACUCAAAACGUCCUCCCAAAACGCUCUCAGACAGUGGGGUUAUCCACUACAAACAAGUGAUAUUAAUGAAAUAUUCAAGAAAUACAUCAAUGGCGAUAUAUCAUGUCUGCCUUGGUUUGAGGAGAAUCUCGAUCCCGAGUCAAACUCUAUCAAAGAUUAUUUGUUCAAAUUGGCAGAAAAGGGUUGGUGGACCGUCGGUUCACAGCCUGCUGUCGAUGCUAUUGAAUCUAGUGAUGCUGUUUUUGGGUUUGGACCUAAGAAUGGAUGGAUCUUCCAAAAAGCUUUCGUCGAAUUUUGGGUACCUGACCAUCAACUCGAACCGCUCUGUAAGAGAUUGGAUGGCUGGAAAGAUGGUGGUUAUUAUGCAGGUAAUGCCAAGGGAGAAAUGAGAAGUAAUUUUUAUGAGGAUACCAUCAAUGCUGUCACUUGGGGUAUCUUUCCAGGUCAAGAAGUAGUCCAAACGACGAUAAUUGAAGAUGUUUCAUUCAACGCAUGGAGGGAGGAAGCAUUCGACAUUUGGCUUGAAUGGUCAAUGCUCUACAGCCCCAAGAGCGCAAGCCAACAGCUAAUGAAGAAUGUACAUGAUAAUUACUGGCUGGUGAGUGUCGUGCAUCACGACUACAAGGAUACAUAUGGAUUAUGGGAUUUCUUGCUAUCAUAA